CCACAACAACAUUUAGGUCACGCGGUGGAGUUUUGGGAUUCUGGGAAUACACAUUUAGCUCAGGUUGUGUCAGUGUACUGUAAUUCUAAUAGCCAAACAAAAGAAUGACAGACAAGUUUUGAUUUGUACCAUGAAUACAGCAAGGGGUGAAACGGCGUCACAUCAGAUAUCUGAGAAGACUGAAUAUUGUUAUUGCAACAUAUCGGUGUACUGACAUAAAUACAAGAAAGAACAGAAACUACGCAGACUGAACAACGUACUUUGAAAAAUUAAAAAAAAAAAAAAAAAAACAGCCAUGAACUUGCAGGGGGUUGGACUGAAUUGCCACAUCAACAGCUGCUGUGCAUGUGCAGCGUGAGCGUUUUUCUCUGUGCAGGUUAUAUUUGUGUUGGGCAUUUAGGUGGGUAUGUUUUAAAAACUCGUUUUGACAUGGGCUGUACAAGAAAAAUAUGCCAAUUAACCUGGAUAAAAACAGACGUUGGGUAAUUUACAUUACAGGAAACAGCGAGUAGCGGAUUAAUGUAUUGACCAGCGGUUUGUUUAUAUCUGCUAGUGCUAAGCUUUUAUCUUAUCAUUCAAAAGGAUUUACCAUACGCUAACUCUACAUUACAGUUUAUUGUUGACUGUUUAUAUGUUAGCUGUCUAUAGUCAUAAUAUAUAAUUGGCUCUUUUUUAUUUAUUUUUAUCCACAGUGUGCAUAAAUGCAAAGUAGAACUUUACCUGCACAGUAAAAGUAAAUGCAUAACAAGUCUUUGACUUGGUAUCAGAAGGUCAGACAUUCUGAGAAGGCGAUACCAUUUAAUGAUGUGGAGCACGGAGGGAGGAGCGACUUUGCAGUUUUUCGUUAAAGCCCUGAAACAUCCAGCAUCUAAAAUUCACCUACAACUCAACCGAUGGUUACAACGACCAGCCCCGGAUUCCACGGACAGCGCUGAAAUGGAUAUUGUGAUCUGCAAUGCUUAUGAGGAAAGGAACACGGCCAAUAGUAGUGGUAGUUCUAUAAAAUCAGAAUCAGAAAUGCAGAACGAAGCUAACGAAGCCGCUGUUUCCUUUAUUGGAGAGAACAGGUAUCCUCGCUAUGUUCCUACCUGUUGCUGCAAAAGCGCCUUGAUGGUGUGCAUUCUAGCAGUUGUUUGUUUCUCAUCUGUAACACUUGUGCGCCAGUAUCUCAAAGACUUGCUUGUUUGGGUGGAGAGUUUGGACAGCCUUGUCGGAGCUUUGCUUUUCGUCGUGGGAUUGAUCGUUGUGUCCUUUCCCUGUGGAUGGGGGUACAUACUACUCAAUGUAGCUGCUGGCUAUUUGUAUGGUUUUGUGUUGGGCAUGGGACUGGUGAUAGUUGGGGUUUUGAUUGGAACGUUCAUUGCCCACGUCGUUUGCAAGAGACUACUGACAGAGUGGGUUUUAAUCAAGAUUGAGAGCAGCGAGCAGCUGAGUGCUGUUAUCAGAGUGGUAGAAGGAGGAAGUGGACUUAAAGUUGUUGCCUUAGCAAGACUCACGCCAAUACCCUUUGGACUACAAAAUGCAGUGUUUUCAAUCACAGAUGUGCCCUUGCCAAACUAUCUUGUGGCUUCUUCAAUUGGACUUCUCCCAACCCAGCUGUUAAACUCCUAUCUGGGGACGACAUUGCGAACCAUGGAGGAUGUUAUUGCAGAACAAAGCGUCAGUGGAUAUUUUAUUUUUAGUUUCCAGAUAAUUAUAAGUAUAGGUCUGAUGUUUUAUGUUGUACACCGAGCACAAGUUGAACUGAAUGCUGCUAUUGUAGCCUGCCAAAUGGAAUUGAAGACUUCAUACAUCAAUGGCAAUACACCAAAUCUGAGCGGUUCAUCUUACUGCAGUAAAAGGACUUCAGCAUUGGGAGGAAUUAAUGUGGUUUAAAGUUCACGCAAAUUAUACAACUAGCUGCUUCGUAUUUUUAGUGACAUGUCUUUAUGAUGAUAAAACAGUUUUUUUUUGGUUUUGCAAGAAGUCAGUUAAAUUGUGGUUAACUACAGUAUAACAGCCAGUUAUCUUUUCCAAUAGUACAUAUUAUAAACGUAAACUUGUCUCUGCUUGGCUGAAAAUCCAGGAAUGAAUCAGCUUCCAAAUCGUCUGUCUGAACGAAGCACAGAUAUUUGAAAUAUAGUAAAAAGAUCUAGGUGAAACACACCGCUAUGCCUUCCCAGCCUACCUAAUAAUUUAAAACUAGAUUAUUAAUGUGCUCUGUGAAGUUUGAAAAUUAAAAAAAGUUUGCUUUCAUAUAAAUGAAGCCUGUGUCUUAUACUGCUGCUGUCUUGCAACUUUCUGAGUUCUUACUGCUAAACCUGCUGAUGAACAGCAUCUUUUUGUAAAAUGACAAUAACAGCACUGACACAAUACAUACAUAUGAUUUUCAGUUUGAAAUGACAUAAAUCACCUCGGCAGUCCUUUCCCUAAAGAUUAUAUCCCUUUGUCACAUGCCAUUAACUUAGUGGGCACGUUUUCUGGGAAUGUUUCUUACUGAAAAUAAAAGGGGGUGGGGGACGACAACACUAAUGUUUCUAGCCAAAAGUUCUUGCAUACAGUUGUCACCUUUAUUGUAUAGAUGUGAUUUUUUUUUUUUUUUUUUUUUUUUUAAUAAGCACAUUGUUAUUAAAUUGGGCUAGCAGUUAUUAAGGAUAUGCACAUGAUCUAAAAAUUUCAGCCAUGACCCAACAAUACUGAGAGGGAUAUAUUGUUGUAUCCUGAAUUUACUUUAGUAACUUAUUGUGUUGCUCUGAUUUAUAUUUGUAUUCAUAAUUAUUCCUACCACUUGAAUGUACAAAUGGGUAUUUGUUUUACCAUUGCCCCAUUAUAUAUUGUUUUAUUAUUUAAUGGUUACAUGCUUAUAAAAGCUGAAAUGCAGCUGUAUAUGAAACACAAACUCAGUCAUAGUCUUGUUUAUCUAUGGCUUGAUGUUUGUGUAACUAGUAAUAAAAUGAAGCAAGUACAAGAAAUGAGGGUGUUAUGUGCUACAAAGUCUUUUUUUAUAUAGGUUGCAGUUGCUGAGAAUUCCUUUAGGAAAAUAUGAAUUUAUGUAGCCAUAUAGAAUUACCAGAAGCACACUCUUCCAUUGGAAGAUGUUAUUGACUAUACACUGGGUGCUUUAAGUAACAGAGUAGCUCAGAGCGAGACUUUUUCCACUCACUCAGAUCACUGAUGAAAUCUGUCCAGUGCUCUGAGCUGCUCAGAGGGAGCGGAAGUGAGCAUGCCGUUAAGUUGGCUCUUUCACUGAGCUGUGAUGAGCGUCUCAGUUACUUAACUCGCCCACUGUUGCUGGACUGUUCUCUACAAUCUGAGUGUUCUAACAUGCCUUGGGUAUUGCUGCCCUUGCCGGUUCAGGGCUUUUAGGUUAGCAAUAGUAUUAACUUACCUUUUUAUUAAUAUACAUGAUGUAUAAGCACCUACACUCCCUAGGAUUAGUUAAAUGUAUACAGUUAACCUGCUACUUCCUGUGUUAAAUGAUAUUCAUAUCAAGGCUGUGCUUAACACUUGCUGUUCUUAAGGUCUCUUGUCUGCUAUUCCUUCGCUGCUGAGUAAGACCAAAUAUACUUCCACACUUGGCCUUGCCUAAAGCAAAAAAAAAGUUAGGCUUACUUUUUUAGUGUUCCCUCAAAGUGCAAAAACCUAUGCUCAGCCUAUGUUGAGAGUCCUAGCUAAUUGUCUGAAGUGGAUUUUUAUAAAGAUUUUUUUUGUAACAAACAGGAACAUUUUGCAGUGUGUAAAUUGAUAUUUAACGCUGUAUUAUGCUUGUUCAGUGUUAUAUCUUAGAAAAAAAGUUCUUAAAUGUAAAAUCCCUGUUUAUUCCAGUGUGGAAUGCAUCACAAUUGUUAGAAUAAAGUGAUCAAAAAAAUCUAUGACA